GGAAUCACAGUUGCCUACAAAUAAAAAUCCGAAAUGAAAAUUCAAUAACUGGCAAUAACAAGUAAGAUUUUCCUUAGUGCAAGCGAUUUAUUGAUAAAAUAUUCAAGAAAACUUCAAAAAUGAAACACGGUGGCCUACUUAUUUUUGGGAUUAACAGACUGUCAAAAAUUUGAGACGUCAGGACCUGUGGAUAUAAAUCCUAAAAAUGCUGCCAGGAAUUGGAUUAUUCGGCACGGGAAGUGUAGUUCGCGUAAUAGUUCCAUUCCUUCGGGAGAAAGGAUUUAAAAUCGAGGCCGUAUGGGGGAGAACUCUUGCAGAAGCUGCAGAAGUAGCCAAAGAUCUUGAGAUACCCUUUCACACCGGUCGGAUAGACGAUGUUCUCCUUCGGAAAGAUGUCGACCUCAUCUUCAUCAUGUGCUCCCCCAGUCUGCAAGCGCAGAUUGCUGUCAAGGCCCUCGGAAUUGGAAAGCACGUGGUGUGCGACAAACCAGCUGGACUGAGUCAGAGCGAAGCACUGAAAAUGGUCAGAGCAGCUCAGUAUUAUCCCUCGUUGAUUAGCAUCGUCAAUCACAGUCUGAGGUUCCUUCCUGCAUUCGUCAGGAUGAAAAAUGCACUGGAGGAUGGAUACCUAGGGGGACCGGUCACCAUUGUCGAUAUCAGGGUGCAGAUGGGCAGUUUAUUGCGAAAUGGCUAUGACUGGCUUUGCGACGAUACAAUGGGUGGAGGGAUCCUAGCCCUCGUAGGAAGCCACGUAAUAGACUUGAUCUUCCACCUGAUCAAUCAAAAAGCAUCUAGAGUGCACGCAGUAGUAAAGACUUUCACCCAGACGACGAAGAACAUAAAUGGAAUUCGUCGAGUGACAUCUCCAGACUUCUGCUGCUUCCAGAUGGAGUUGACAGGAGGUGCCUUGGUGACAGCGACGCUGAGCAAUCAUCUCCAGGGACAACUGACCCAGGAGGUCCUGAUCUGUGGGGCUAAUGGACACCUGGUGGUGAGGGCAGGAGAUCUUCAUGGAUGCAGAAAUGGACAAGAGGAGGUACUCUACAGAGACAUGGAGAAUCUCCAGGAGAAUUUCCCAGCAGUCAAGGAUUCGAUACCGCGGCCGUACGUGAAAGGAUUGAAGAAGAUGAUUGGAGCUCUCAGGGAGGCUUUCCAGCCAGUGGAAGACAAGCGGGGAUGGAUCAAAGAGCCCGUGUCUCAGGCAGCCACAUUCGAAGAUGGUCUUUACAUUCAAGCUGUCAUUGAUGCUCUCAGGCAGAGCAACAAACGACGAGAAUGGACUAAAGUUACUAUUUUAACUGAGGAACCCGACCCCAAUCCUCUCCUCAGUGCUGCUGUCAGAGCAACCGCCAUCUCAAUCUGAUCCCAUUGUAUUCUAUUUGAAUUCUCUUACGUUCAGAAAAAACAUUAUUUUUGCCAAAUGUCCUUUUGCUUGACAGAGAUAGACUAGUAUUUAGACUUUCUAUGUGCUGUUUCUUGUCUUGAGUAAUUUUCACAAAUUUCUCAUUAGGUUUCAAUGAUUACAAUUAGAUUGCUGUCAAUAAUUAUUGGCAUAAACUAAUUCUAUGCAAAUUAUUCUUUCAAGCAAAUACGAAAUUCAGGAACUGAAUUAUUUGAGAAAUGCAAUUAAGAAUAUCUGCAAAGUAAUGAGCUUCUAAAGCAACAUUGCUGUAAAAAAUCUAAAGUCAAAUCGACUAAAGAUAAUUCGAUUGGAGAAUUACGAUUUUUAGAUAUUUGACAAAGAUAAUUUUUUUCGUUUGGGUAUUCAGCAAUAUGAGUGAAAGUUUAAAAAUUAACUUUUAGAAUU